AUAGCAAGGAAUUUUUGGCAAGAUUGGAGCUAUUUCAUAGCAGCAACCCAUCCGUCUAAAAAUUUCACGCUCAUGUUUUCGGAGGCUGAGAAGCACGACGACAUGAUUCUGCAGUUACCAGGCAACUUUGAGAUCAACACCACCUUUGCCGGAGAAAUUGAAGAAUUCGCUGCUGCCAUGGCAACGCAGCUUCUCCCGGACCAUUGCAGAGAGUACGAAACUAUUGUACUGGGCCAUGGAAUGUGGAAUGUGUUCAAGUCAUCUUUUGCGCAUGUAGAGAGCCAUCUCAGACCCGCGCUGGCAAGUUUAGCGGAGGGAUGUCCUGGCCAUAUACGAAAUGGAAGGAUCUUCUUUCUUCUCAUGAGUUCUGGGACUGGCCAGGUUGGCACGCGCGUCCGUCCUCGCGUAUAUGAAUGGUCUCGUCGUGUCGCAGCUAUAGUGCUCGAAUACAACAUCAAGAUUGUCGACACCUUCCAUGCGACAGAUGCUCGCCUCUUGGAUGCUGGCUUCAAUCAGAGCGAUGGCACUCAUUGGGGCCGGAUACAAAGCGGAAACUCCACUGGCACAGUGGGGAUGUCGCAGAUCUUGAGCCUAAUACAACAGCUAUGUCCGGGGCAGAGAUAAGGGUUGAGACUCUGAGUCUGAGAGUACUUGUAUUGCAUCAGGCCAGAAUAUGCCCUGCCUUUUUUCGACGUAACAGACGCUCUUCUCUUAAAUUCUGCACUGACUCAUAGUGAUGGCAUAUAUUAGAGCUGCAUUUAAAGGGACCCAGUGAAACGUUUCUGUACGGAUGACCAAUUGACCAGGCUAAGGAAUGAACAAACUGGAAUUUAGCAAGUGCUUAUUCGUGCAACUCAAGUUACUCAACAGGCUCCGACGCUAUUGUAGCUGCAAUGGAAACUCUAGCCUGUCAGACUCAGACGCUCUCUCUCUCGCUCUAGACUCUAGAAAAUAUCACGCAGAGCGAUGGUAUAAAAUUGCGGCCGGCUAGUCGACUGCACAGUACACGCACAGCGGAAAAUGUCAGUUCGUCUAUUAUUGGCCGUCACUCCUGAGUCCUGACACCGUCCUCCGUCUUGUCACUCUCUUGCCAGGCGUGCCUUCUGAUUCCUGAAGUCAAGCAGAGAUUGAGUCCAGAUAUACUAGAGAGAAAGUAUCCAGUCACCGUGACACAGUGUACUGUGUAGAGGACUCUAAAAUUCUAAAUUGCCAGAUAGAAUGUAUGUAUUCAAUCAGAGCAGGAGCUUUUAUUAAAUAUUCGCGAUUCGAGUCAAUAAGUC